CCAAAGCCACAACCGAAAGAAACCCCAAAUUGCCAAUGCCUUCGAGCCGCCAAGCACAGCAUCGCUCGGUCGCCCCCAACCCCAAGCCCUCUCUCCCCGUGCCGGCUGCCGGCACCUCAUCAAGCCAUCAUCCAUCUCAUCUCCUCCGCGCCGUGCCCCCGUCCACCUGCUUCUUCCAUCCGCACCUUAUUUAAACCGGGAACCGCAACUUCCGAAGCGAAAAGAUCCUUCUCUUCUCUCUCGUUGCUCCCCUCGCAUCGCAUCCGCCCAAGCGCACGCGCCCGCGCACGCACACCUGCAACAACAGCUGCCGCGUUGCCAGCUUAAACAAAACCCACCCAAAUUUAAGCCAUCCCUCCCAGCCCGGAAAGGGAACCCAAAACAAAACAAAGCAAGGAAGGCAGGUGGCGUCCCGCGCCGUCGGAAAUUCCGCUUCGCUUCGCAUCGCAGCCGCGUCGUCCCCGCCUCUCCUCGUCAAUCCACCCACCCCACCAAUCGCCGAGGGAGCGCGGGGCUCCGGCGGCGACAUGAGAUGACAAGACGCGUGACGGGACGGGCAUGAGGUGCAAGCAGCACACGUACCAGGCCGGCGGCGGCGUCUGCGCCACGUGCCUCCGCGACCGCCUGCUCGCGCUCGCGGCGGAGCGCAACGGCGCCUCCUCGCCCCCCUCGCCCGCGCAGGCUCCUCCCGCGCCCGAGCCCGAGCCCGCGGCGUUCCCUAGGUCGGUGUCGCCGUACGUGUCCCGCAGGAAGUCGGACGCCGCGGCGGGCGGGGGCGGCGCGCUCAGGAACCACCCGAGCCUGCUCUUCUUCCGGACGCCGCAGGUGGGGCCCGCCUACGGCGGCGGCGGCGGCGGCGCGCUCGAGGAGGGCGACAUAGCCUAUGAGUACGAGAAGCGGCGCGCCGGCAAGUUCUCCGUGCUCGCCAUGCUCUUCGGCCACCACCACAGGUCGGAGGAGGACAAGCAUCAGGGGGGCGUCGCCAAGGAGCGCAAGAAAUAUUCUUGGUUCGCCGGGAUCAUACCGCGCCGCCGCAAGAAGCAGGCGCCGGCCGCCGCCUCCUCCUCGCCGCCGUCGGCCCCGCCCAGGCGCUCCUGCCGCGUGGUCAGCAACCGGGGGCUCUCGCCGGAGCGAGACAGCCACGGGAGCGGCGAUGAGAGCAGCUCGCCCAACGCGGAUCCGCCGUGGCGGCCUUCCCCGUCCCCGAUGCGGAAGACCCCGUGCCGGCGCCGCCAGACCAACAGCUUGCCGUCGGGCUUCGCCGUCUGCCUCAGCCCGCUCGUGCGGCCCAGCCCGGGGCGCCGCCACCGGGGCGUCCAGCCGCCGGACCCCGCCGCCUUCUCCUGCGAGCUCCGGCCGUCGCCGCUCCACAACCUCUCGUCCGCGGCCUCCGUUACGCGCUGCCGCUCCAGAAAGCUUGCCGACGGCGGCCGGUUCCGGUGAUCUUUCCAUUUCCAUCCUAUGAUUUCGCCACCUAAUCCGGAUUACUAGUCCAAUUUUUAGCUUUUCUCUUCCUUUUUUGGAUUUACAUUUUGUCCAUCUGUGAAGAAGAGUCUGUAAGAUUGGGCACAACCAAAGUCCAAACUCCAAACCACUCCGUUGACAUAUACUGCUGCGUAGGUUACUACUGCUUGUCGGCCCAACAUUAUGUGGCAAUGUAACGAGCUGCUUGUAUGAAAGUACUUGUUCAUGUUUGUACAGCUAGCUGUCUAAUCCUUUUCUUUGUUGCAAAAUGGGCCUCCUCUAAUCCAAGCUUUUCGAUCAUGCUUGGAUUUAUUAACAAAGAUUAGACUUAAUGA